AUGAAGCAGCCAAAGACGAAAGCCACCAUUGGCAUACUCGCGACGUUGAUAUCGUACGUUUCCGUCAACAGCUACCUUCACACAACGCACCCAGAUCUAUUCGUCUGGUCUCCGGAAGACCGUGAAGAGGCACAAUGGAUGGCUACAUCGAAAUGGUGGCUGGACCGCAAGGCGUGUCGAUGGCUUGGGCUUUGCGGCGUCCCUCACGUACACUUCGUGCAGAAGAUCUUUGGACACCGGCCUCCAGCAGAGGGGACUGAGGACGAUGCAGACGAUGCAGGCUUCGACUGGCAGAAUGCUUGGCUCGCUGACAACGAUCGCCCGGAGAAUUUCACCGAGAACGAGAAACAAUUGCGCGAAAUCCCUGACUAUGUUCUCGAGUAUGCGCCGCUUGUACAUCUGUUUUCCGGAGAACAAUUCUGGCCAUGCGACAUUGCGGAACACCUCUUCCACACUACACCAGAACUCAACUAUACGCCAAUAUAUCCUGAGUCCCGUCAUCCAUCCUUGAAGCAUCUUGACAAGUUUAAUAAAUACAACAAUGGCCGGUGGUGGCUGGAAGGCGAGAAGAACAUCCCAGCAAAGCCGUCAGACGAUGAUGUUUAUGAUCCCGCCGACUAUGAGCACUACCCAGGCAGAUCUUACCUGGACGGUGUCAAGGACAGCUUCCGGGAUCUUCGAAAAUGGUUUGCUCCCGGCAUCGAUGAUGCAGAUCAGAAAGAUGACUUCAGGAAAUCCUUAAAGGGUCAAGCUAUCAUCAAGGACAACAGCUCCUUCCGCGGACGCUACCAUCAGGAGCUCAAAAGGGCAAUCACAGAUGCCCCGAAGAAGCUUCUUCGCGGCGGCAGAAGCGACGCCCCUGCCAUUCUUGUGGUCAUUGAUAAAGGUCAUGGCGUUGUGGACGCAUUCUGGUUCUUCUUCUACAGCUUCAAUCUUGGCAAUGUUGUGUUCAACGUUAGGUUUGGCAAUCACAUUGGAGACUGGGAGCACUCCAUGGUCCGAUUCCAUCAUGGCAAACCAAAGGCUGUCUUCUUCAGCGAACACGAUUUUGGCUCAGCAUACAGCUACGAAGCAGUGGAGAAAAUCGGCAAGCGGCCCGUCAUAUAUUCGGCGAUAGGGACGCACGCAAUGUAUGCGACUCCAGGGAUGCAUCCAUAUGUCUUGCCAUGGGGCAUACUGCACGAUCAAACGGAUCGAGGGCCGUUAUGGGAUCCUGCUUUGAACUCAUAUGCCUACACUUAUGAGACCAAGAACGAGACCCUUCGACCAUCGAACUUGAGCCCGAACGCUCCAACAGGCUGGUUUCACUACCACGGCCGCUGGGGCGACAAAUUCUACCCCCUUGGUGAUCGCCGGCAAUAUCGCUUUGCUGGACAGUACCACUAUGGCAACGGACCGACAGGUCCCAAGUUCAAGCAUUUAGACCGCGUCAAGGUGUGCGAGGGACCGACUGAGAGUCCUUGUGUGAUCAAGCACUGGCUCAGUGGUACAGACCAGAUCCGACUCGGAAGAGAUAUUGACAGGGACGAGAAUCCCGACAACGACCUAUAA